UAAAGACUUAAAGGACCUUUGAUGAGCUUUCCUUCAAUUUCAUCAUCUGAGUGAACCCUAGCUUGAGAGUGAGACUGAGACUGAGAGAGAGAGAUUAUGGGUAUGAGAGAGAAGGUAUCAUCAUCCCCUCUUCCUUCUCUUUUUCAAAGCUUCAAAAUCAUUAUACUAAAAUAACAAGCCCAAACCCAUUAUUGCUUCUUUUCAUAAAGUCCACAACUUUCACUUCCUUCUCCCCCCCUUUCUUUCUCAAGAAAGCGAACUUAUUUUUGUUCUGUUGCUUCCAUGGAUUCUUACGAGGCAACAAGGAUGGUUUUCUCUAGGAUCCAGAGUUUAGACCCAGAAAAUGCCUCCAAAAUCAUGGGUUACCUUCUCUUACAAGACCAUGGAGAGAAGGAAAUGAUAAGAUUAGCCUUUGGACCAGAACCUCUUGUGCACAAUCUCAUCUACAAAGCCAAAACUGACUUGGGUCUCUCGCUCUCUUCUUCUCCAACCACACCCAUCUCCAGACCCAAUAGUAACCCCCUCUCCAGAUCAUCGUCAUCAAUCGCCGUGAGCAAUGGCUCAAGCUUUGAAAUUACUAACAACAACCCAUCUUCUCCUUCUAAUAAUCCAUGGCAUCUCUCUGUUUUCUCCCCUGAUCUUAACAACCCCAUGAGUCCCAGCUCCAAUUCUUCGCGUUCUUAUGCAAGUAUGGUCAAUGGAAACAAUAAAACUGUCUCUGGAUCUUUGUCUUCCUCUGUUUCCUCAUUCUACAACAAUGGGAGUGACCUCAUUGACGAGUACGGACUUCAAGACCAGCUUUCUUUCCUCACUGAUUCGAAAGCAGAUGAGGUGUUUGAUCCAAGGCCUGAACUAGCUUUGAAUAGUCCAACUGGUUACAACGACGCCCACUUGCACAGGCGUAGUUAUUCUGUUCCUGGUGUUUGUUUUGGCUCGGAAGAUGCGAACUCCGGGUUCGGAUGGAAGCCAUGCUUGUACUUCGCAAGGGGAUUUUGCAAAAACGGUAGUAGUUGUCGGUUUCUCCAUGGAGAUUCCACCGAUGGUGCUGCCAUUGUUGGUUCACCAAGUAAGCUUAGUGAAUUUGAGCAGUGUCAGGAAUUACUUAGAUCAAAGGCUGCUGCAGCUCAGCAGCAGCAUCAGAAGUUAGCUGCAGCUUCACAGUUCAUGACUGGAGCUUCAUUUCCUUAUAACAAGUGCAUGAAUUUUCUCCUUCAACAACAACAAAGUGACUCCCCAAGAUCACCAGCAGCUUCUGCAUUAAUGAUGGGGGAUGACCUUCACAAGUAUGGCCGUUGCCGGCUGGAGAGAAACGGAUUUCCGGCAAUGGGAUUUGGAGAUGCAAUGAACAACCCAGGUUCUAGGCAGAUUUACCUGACAUUUCCUGCUGAUAGUACAUUCAGAGAAGAAGAUGUCUCAAAUUACUUCAGCAUUUAUGGACCAGUUCAAGAUGUGAGAAUUCCAUAUCAGCAGAAGAGGAUGUUUGGUUUUGUUACAUUUGUGUAUCCAGAGACUGUGAAGAUUAUAUUGGCCAAAGGGAACCCACAUUUUGUCUGUGAUUCCAGGGUGCUUGUUAAGCCUUACAAGGAGAAAGGGAAAGUGCAGGAAAAGAAGCAACAGCACUUGGAUAGGGGAGAUUAUUCAGCAUGUCCAAGUCCGAAUGCGCUCGAUUCCAGAGACCCAUUUGAUAUCCAACUUGGAGCAAGAAUGUUUCAUAAUAAUAAAGAGAUGUUGCUGAGGAGGAAACUAGAGGAACAUGACUUGCAGCAAGCAAUUGAGCUGCAGGGGAGAAGACUCAUGAACUUACAACUUAUGGACCCCAAGAAUCAUGGUUUAUCCAUUAGCUCUCCCAUUCCCUCACCAACUCUCAGCCGCACACCCAAUGGCCAAGCCCACAACUUUCCACUUGCUGGCAUUGAUCAAGAAAUCCCAGAAGAUAAUAGCAGUAUCCCAGUUGCUACUGUAACUCAAACUGAUGUUGCAGAAGCUCAGCAGGAGAUGAGUGCAGCUUGCAGCCUCAAAAAUGGCAAUAGCAUUGGCAAUAAUGGCAAUGGAGAGGACAACAAAUUUAACAUUGAAGAUACUGAUCUCCAUGAUAGCCUAGAGCACAUUCUUCCUGAUAACCUCUUUGCUUCUCCCAAGAAAUCAGCCAGUGAACAUCUCACUGUUUUCUCCACUGCUCCAAUAAUAGAUGUGGAUCAGAAUAACAAAAAUGCAGCUGCACCUUCACCUUCCAACAAUAACUGUUGUUUACUUUCACAAACCAACAUGGCUCCUCUCAGAUCAUGUUUCCUUCAAAUUCCCAGGUUUUCUUCUGGGUCUGGAAACAUUGGCAUGUAGUUAGCGAAAGAUGAGCACUUGGCUUUGCUAAGGGAAACAUUUAACUGUGGACAAAAAUCAGCUUUAGCUGUAUAGCUCAAAAAACUAUACUUCUCUCACAACAACAGAGAAAAAGAUCAUCAGUAGACAUUAUCUUCAGCAAGAUCACCAUCACCUCAACACAGAUGAACUGAUUUAUACAUAUAAUAUUGCAUACAUAAAAAAGACAGAUGAACUGAUUUAUGAGAGUGGGGUCUCUGUGUAGUUGUCUGUGUGUGCUGGACUACACAGCAAUUGCAGAACAAUCAAAGAAACAAGGCCAGUAACUCUCUUUAUCUUAUAAAUGUAAUUUUACUUCUUCUCUCUUUCUUCAUUUACUGAUAAAAGAAAUGAACUUUCUAUGAAUUAGAAAUAGAUCUCUUUGUCACUAUGUGUACAGAAGUAGACCCAAUGAGCUUUUAAAGUUCCUGUAAGCUACAGAAGCAUACUGAUAUGGUUCAUGGAGACCCAGAAAAGAAAAGUCAGUAUUAGUGAGUUAAAA